AUGCUCUGCCGUGGCCGUGCCCCCAGAGCUUCCGUAGAGCAGCAACAGCGGCGGCAGCAGCAACAGCAGCAGCCUCGGAUCCGGGCAAGCUCUUGGGCCAGUCCGCGAGAAUUGCUCGCUCGGGCCAUCGGAGCCGCCAGUCCGCCCAUCAAGCAAAACACCGCUUCCAGGCACCCGUCGACAUUUCAAAUCAUUCCACACCCCCCUUCCCUCGGCCGGCCAGCCCAUGGUUUGAGUUUCUCCCGCAACGGUAGCUUAUGUGUUUGCCGCGACACGAUGUAUUUUAAUUUAUCUCCUUUUUUUAAGUCGCCUGUUAUUUAA